GAAAGUCAGAAGAAUUAAUAAACAAUGUGGGAACAGAUUCGCUGAGACAGUUCGUAGUACUUUAAAGUAUCGGGGACAGUUUCCCGCCUUCACCCGGAGUGUGUAAACUGUGGCACCGGAGCCGGUUGUACAGUAAACCGGUGAACGCCGGUAAACGGGGUUCGUGGCUGCACGUGGUAACGUUCGGGGGUUUUCUGUUUUUAAAUAGUUUUAAACGGACAAAGACAAACGAGCUCCGAUUGACUGACACGUUGAAAAUGUCCCGACACGGUAAGAAGAACGGGAUACCGGACAGAUGGCUGGAUUACAAAGCUGUUGGGAAGAGACUUGACGGGACACGAUUCAUCGCCUUCAAAGUUCCUCUCAACCAGUAUCUGAGCCGUCAGCUCCCGUGUUCGGACGUGUUCGGCCCCUGGGAGCUGCUGGACGCUCUGAGCAAAGAAAAACAAGAGCUGGGUUUGAUCAUUGACCUGACGUUCACCACACGCUACUACAAGCUGCAGGACCUGCCGGAGUCAUUGAUGUUCAUGAAGAUCUUCACGGCCGGUCACGAGGUUCCCAGUGACAACACCAUCCUGAGCUUCAAACGAGCCGUACGCAGGUUCCUGCGAGACAACGCAGACAAUGACAAGCUGAUCGGCGUCCACUGCACCCACGGCCUGAACCGCACCGGGUACCUGAUCUGCAGGUAUCUGAUAGACGUUGAUGGGAUGGAUCCUAAAGAGGCUGUGGAGCUGUUCAACUCGUCUCGGGGUCACGACAUGGAGAGACAGAACUACCUGGACGACCUGCAGUGUGGACCAAAGAGGAGUAACGAGGGGAUGGAGGAGUCGGAGGAGGAGCCGAGGAGAGGUCACGCUGAACGUCGGCCAUGUUACACCUCAGUGGACUGGGACAGCAGAGAGGAGAGACGACCUCACUUCAGUGACUCCUGGUACCACAGAUCUUCCAUCCCUCCAAGAGGAAUCAACCCCCGCUCACAUCAUCGCCCCCCACACGACGGCCUUCUCCCCGAGCCGCAGUUCCUCCCUCCGCCUCCUUUCCAUCCACCGAUGGGAGCCCCCCCUUUCCACCCGUACCGAUGGACACCCCCUCAUCCCGACAGUCAGUGGAGGAGACCCCCCCGCUCAGAGGAGAGCAGGUCCAGAUACGACCCCCAUGAGUCCAGGUGGAGUCCGGCCCCCGGCCCUCAGGAGGACAGAAGGAGAGGUCCCCCUCCCCUCCCCCGCUACUCCUCACGCUGGACCAACGAGUCCUACGACAGACCUGAGGAGGAGUGGGGGGGUCCCAGAGUCAGACACCGUCACUACAGACACACAAACGGGUUCGACCACUACUAGUCUGAUCCACCUGAACUGACUCUGUUUACAGCUGCUUCUCUCCUCAACAUCUGUUUCAACAUCUGUUUCAACCUCCAGGUCACUCACAGAUGUUUCCUGCUGAGAGGACAGAGGCCCGCUCACACCUGUUCACACCUGCUCACACCUGUUCACACCUGUUCACACCUGCUCACUCCCUC